AUGAUUACCCAUUGGACGCUGAUAGUGUUGGUGGCGGUGGCCAUUUCGGGCCCGCACAGUGCAUUGGCCCGACCGGCGGAACCGGAAGCACCGGCCGAAAUCUACAACGAGCUGGCGGAGGAGUACCAGCGACUCCACAACCAGGAGAUCCGCUUCCUGCAGUAUCUGUCCGUGCAGGCCGAACGGCAACAGCGCGAGGAAGCGUACCUGCAGGCGCAACGCGAACAGCAACAGCUUGCGCUGGACGCACGCAAUUCACUGCUGGACGAUGCCGGAUCCCUGCUGGACGAUUUACCGCAGGAGUUUGGCCGACCCGAUGACGGUACCGGUGCGGGACGCAAUCUGAACGGUUACGGACAUGAGGUUUCCGCCCAAACCGAACCCGUGCAAAAGGAGGUUCCACACCAGAAGAGCAAAAAUGACAAGAAAAAUAACCACUAUAUGUCCUUGUGCCAUUUUAAGCUUUGCAACAUGGGACGUAAACGUAACCAACGAUUUCCUCAAUUCUGGAACUAAAGGGUGAACACCGUUUGGAACAAGGACAGACAGCUAAAUGUACAACGAAACUAAACUUAAACCACAAAGCGCCCCAGUACUAAAGGAUACUAAUAAACCCAGCAUCAGAUUGAAGGAUAAGUUGGUGCAACAAACAGAUGGAAAUGGUAGUUUGGUGGUACAGGCUGAUCUAUUCGCCCAGUACAACCAGCAACGCUUCAUCUAGCAACGUCAGCAGCAGCAGCAGCAACAGCGGCAGUAGCAGCAACAGAAGAUUUAGCAACGGUAUUUUCCCAUUUAUCGUUAUUAUAGGCGAACAAACGUGUAGGAAAAUCUGUACUCUCUUUCAGAGCUAAACCAUACGUACUAGUGCGUCUCACAUCAUCAAAAAACGGACACGUUUUUUUCUAAGAGACAAAUAUUAACAUACUUGGAAGAUAAAGCUCGCACAACAGUGCGAGAGGAAGAACAAAAAAACAACACAAACUUAUUUAUGAAAAAUUUAAAUUAUUGAUUGAAACUACUAAUGAAAUGUUACUUAAAUUUAUCUAUUGGUACUAUAUUGCGACUGGAAGUAGGAAAUUUGGAAGUGAUGGGAGCGUAGGGAAAGCGGGAGCCAUUGUAUUUAGGGUAGGACCGCACGGGAGGAGAAAGAUUAGAUGCAAAACCAUCCAUUACCGGGAACCGUCUCUUCUGGUACGGUUUGCAGGAACAUGAACAAGUAUUUAGAAUUAUCCGUUUGUCUUAUGUUUGUCAGAAUUCAUUGUUCACUUCACAAACACACAACACGGUCUCACACACUUUUAGCUUUAUAGUAGUAGUAUAUAUCCAUUCCAAACAAUUCUCGGACCAUCGAAACUAAAAUUUUUAGGUUUAACGAUUGUUUAUCCAUUCAGCGAGUACGAAACCAAAACCGGUUAGCAAACGAUUCGUAUUAUUAGCUUUAAUUUUAUGUAUUAAUAUAAUUUCCGCUAUUAAUCUAUACGUUACCGUUACGUCCAGUGUUACCCCAAACACUACAUGUAACGGAUCGCAAAACUGAAAUAAGACUAUAAUGAACACGAAAACGGAUUCAUUGCUGACAAGCUGACAUUGAAACAAGUUCCGAACGUAUCCAGUAGAAAGGACGAGGGUGUGUUGCAAACAUAUAACAAUAUUCCUUCCAUCUGUGAAGCCUGUAUGUCUGUUGUGUCCUG